CUUAAUACUUAAUGUUUUAAUAAGUUUUUCCAAGUUUAUGUCAUUUCUAUAUCCUGUGAUUUCUAUCAACCUCAUUGUAAAUUAUAUACGUGGCUAUCAGCUUUCUAUAUUUUAACAACUUAAAUGUUAAGUUAUAUUUAUAACAGUUAAUAAUACAACAAUAAACAUUUUAAAUUAAUUAUUUCAGAGUAUAAUGUAAUGAAUAAUUGUUCCAACCAAAAACACAGUGUUGUUUCUCAAUUUUAUAUUGGAUCUUAUGUCGAUUAUAAUAUAUCUACAUAUCUUCAAGCGUUUGUUAUUAUUUAAUACAAUUAAUAUCAGUUUUGACGUUUAUGUUUAAAUGAUUUACAUGUAACUUGAUAGAUUUAUAAUUCGAGUAUUUUUUUUAAAUGCCUUUUCAGAACAAUGUAAGUUACUACAAAUGAGUUGAAUUUAUUAAUGAAAAAAAGAUUCCAAUUAAAUUGUAUAACUAAUAAUUCGUUACGUUACCCUUUUUUUACUUCAAAAGUGAGUUUUAAGAUAAUAGAUACUUUAAAAUUAUCAAUCAAUUGGUAACUACUAUAAAAAAUAACUGAACAAUGACAGAGUACAAACUAGUUGUUGUUGGAGCAGGAGGUGUAGGAAAGUCAGCACUGACAAUCCAGUUAAUACAAAAUCAUUUUGUUGACGAAUAUGAUCCCACAAUUGAAGAUUCAUAUAGAAAACAGGUUGUUAUUGACGGAGAAACUUGCUUAUUAGACAUCUUAGAUACAGCAGGACAAGAAGAAUAUAGUGCCAUGAGAGAUCAAUAUAUGAGAACCGGUGAAGGAUUUUUACUUGUCUUUGCUGUAAAUUCUGCAAAAAGCUUUGAAGAUAUAGGAACGUAUAGAGAGCAGAUCAAAAGAGUAAAAGACGCCGAAGAAGUGCCUAUGGUAUUAGUUGGAAAUAAGUGUGAUCUUCAACAAUCCUGGGCCGUAAAUAUGACACAAGCGAGGGAAGUUGCUCGACAAUACGGUGUUCCAUUUGUAGAAACAUCAGCGAAAACUCGAAUGGGAGUUGAUGAUGCUUUUUAUACUUUGGUAAGAGAAAUAAGGAAAGACAAGGAACAUCGUGGGAAAGAAAAGAAAAAAAGAAUGCGUGCAAAUAACGCAGGUCGUGGUCGGACGCGAUGUUGUCUGCUGUAAUUAUUUGGUGUCGUUCAUUUAAACAUAAAGUGUUUAAUUGCAACUUCAAAAUAUGAACAAUAUAAAUAUAAAGUAUAUCAUUUGCGCAUAUUUCGACUUCCUAAAUUCGGUACGCUAUUAAGAAAACUGCUACUUAUAUGUAUAACUUAAACUGAAAAAUAUAUCCAGUGUGAUAUUUUUUUU